ACCUCUGAAACCACUAAGCAACUUCUUCCCUCCCUGCCAGACUCAUCCACCUCACUAACCGUUCCAUAUCUGCCACCCCUCUCUGCCAAUCCCUCCAUUGGCUUCCACUCAGUGUCCUCCACCCCUCUCUGCCAAUCCCUCCAUUGGCUUCCACUCAGUGUCCUCCACCCCUCUCUGCCAAUCCCUCCACUGGCCUCCACUCAGUGUCCUCCACCCCUCUCUGCCAAUCCCUCCACUGGCCUCCGCUCAGUGUCCUCCACCCCUCUCUGCCAAUCCCUCCACUGGCCUCCGCUCAGUGUCCUCCAUCCCUCUCUGCCAAUCCCUCCACUGGCCUCCACUCAGUGUCCUCCAUCCCUCUCUGCCAAUCCCUCCACUGGCUUCCACUCAGUGUCCUCCACCCCUCUCCCUCUGCCAAUCCCUCCACUGCUCCACUCAGUGUCCUCCAUCCCCUCUGGUCCCUCCACUGUCUCAGUGUCCUCCAUCCCUCUCUGCCAAUUC